CUGGUUCGUCAUAUAACAAACGUGACUGCGUUACGCCUCUGCGUCACGUGGGUCGCUGUGACCCAGAGUUUGACUUGGCAGCACACUGCUGACUGUAAUAGGGGGAUCAUGGCAGAGGAAACAGUGAGAGGGGCCCCUGCUGAAGAUUGUGGGCAGGAUAAACAGGCUCCUGACGAGGGGGUCCAGCCGAGGGGGAAAUGGGCCAACAACACAGAGUUCCUUCUCUCAGUUGCUGGAGAAAUAAUUGGCCUUGGAAACGUUUGGCGCUUUCCCUAUCUUUGCUAUAAAAAUGGAGGAGGGGUUUUCUUUGUCCCGUACUUUGUGUUUCUUUUCUUUUGUGGCAUCCCUGUGUUUUUUCUGGAGACGGCGUUGGGCCAGUACACCAGUGAGGGUGGGGUCACUGCCUGGAGGAAGAUCUGCCCCAUGUUCGAGGGUAUAGGGAUUGCAUCCCAGGUGAUUGUGAUCUAUUUGAACAUUUACUACAUUGUGAUUUUGGCCUGGGUUAUCUUCUACCUAAUAAACUCCUUCAAAAGCCCUCUGCCUUGGUCGACAUGUGACAACAGCUGGAAUACUGAAUACUGCCAUAGUCGCUUUGGUGUCUUUGCCAACCCGGACCUGUUUCGACCUGAGUCUAAUUGGUCUUUCCUGAACAACUUCACUUCGCACGAAAGCUUUGAGAACUACAGUUACCUCAAUGAUACCGCACUAUCAUUCAACCCACCUGAGGAGGAGUUCUGGAGAAACCGUGUAUUAAGAAUGUCAGAGGAUAUGUCCAUGGGAAAGGUGCACUGGGACCUGGCUCUUUGUCUCCUUUUAGCGUGGGUUAUAUGUUACUUUUGCAUUUGGAAGGGAAUCAAAACCACUGGAAAGGUUGUGUACUUCACCGCUACAUUCCCCUACCUGAUGCUGGUUAUCCUCUUCUUUCGUGGAGUGACGCUCCCAGGAGCUGCGGAUGGCUUGAUAUAUUACCUCAAACCAGACUUUAGCAAGCUUGGUGAACCAAAUGUGUGGUGUGAUGCAGGGACUCAGGUGUUCUUUUCCUACGCUGUGUGUCAGGGAGUGCUGACGGCUCUGGGAAGCUACAACAAAUACAACAACAACUGUUACAGGGAUUGCUUUGCACUGUGCUUUCUGAACAGUGCUACCAGUAUCUUUGCUGGCUUUGCCGUCUUCUCAGUGCUGGGCUUCUUGGCUAAUGAUCUUGGCAUCCCCAUGAGUGAAGUUCUGGCUGUGGGUCCUGGCCUAGCCUUCAUAGCCUAUCCGAGAGCUUUGUCUCUGCUUCCUGGCUCAUCCUUCUGGGCUGUCCUCUUCUUUGUCAUGCUCCUCUUCCUUGGUCUUGACAGUCAGUUUGUCUGCGUGGAGAGCCUGGCCACAGCCAUCACCGACCUGUUCCCCGCUCGUCUGAGGAGGCCGGGAGUCAGAGAGAAACUGGUGCUGGUGAUAGCUGUUGUCUGCUUCCUGUUGGGGCUGCCAUUUGUGACUGAAGGAGGGAUUCAGCUCUUCUAUCUGGUUGACACCUUUGGCCCCAGUGGAUCUAACCUGCUCAUAAUUGCUGUUGCAGAGUGCAUCGUUGUUGCCUGGGUAUACGGUGCAGACCGUUUCUAUGACAACAUUGAGGACAUGAUCGGGUACGCUCCAUUCCCCAUUCUGAAGUACUGCUGGUUGUUCAUCACCCCUUUUAUUUGUGUGUCAGUCUUGCUGUUUAAAUUGGCACAAGCAACCCCUAUCAAUAUAUUCGGAUAUGUGCCUGGCUCCUGGGUCUCUGGAUUUAGUGCCAUACUUGUUGGAACUCCACUGCUAUGCAUCCCAGCUUUCAUUUUCAUCUCGCUGAUUCGGAAUCCCAACAACAUGACAACACCAUCCAAAGACCUUCGACAGAUUCGACCUCAUAAGCCGGCACUUACGAUUUGUGGCAUCGUCAUCAUUAAAGUUAAGGGGCAAGUAGAAAGGAAUACUGCAGAAGGAAGGCAGAUGCUGUCGUUUGGGGAGCCUAACAGGGACGUGGAAGCCUGUCAGACUUUCUACACAGACUGUCCAUUCAGGAUCUGGACAACGGGAGGCACACAGGGGAGCAGCAACACACAUAUUUCAGGCUUUUUGACCUAUCUGGACCAAAGUGGUCCCACGAUGGGGAAAACUGGGCAGAGUACAGUGGACUUAAAUUCUCCAUCAGAGGUCAAACAAGCAGUUCCCUCUGAGGAUCUGGACCCCAUGGCCCCCCCUGCAGAUCUGGAGAAGAAGGAAGAAGUCCCGCCUGACAGGGGAAGCUGGAAGGGGAAGUUUGAUUUCUUGCUGUCUUGUGUUGGAUAUGCCAUUGGGUUAGGGAAUGUCUGGAGGUUUCCUUAUUUGUGUGGGAAAAAUGGAGGAGGUGCCUUUUUGAUUCCGUACUUUCUGACACUGGUGUUUGCUGGGAUACCUCUCUUCCUCCUGGAGACAUCUCUUGGACAGUUUACUUCUGUGGGAGGACUGGGGGUGUGGAAAUUGAUGCCCAUGAUGAAAGGUGUUGGCCUGGCUUCAGUGGUUCUGUCAUUCUGGCUCAACAUCUACUACAUCAUCAUCAUCUCCUGGGCUCUCUACUACUUAUUCAAUUCCUUUGGUUCGGAGCUCCCUUGGCAAAGCUGUGAUAACCCCUGGAACACAGAGAAAUGUUUUUCCAAUUAUAGCUUGACCGACACAACCAACCUGACCAGUGCUGUCACAGAGUUCUGGGAGCGUAACAUGCAUCAGCUGUCCGGUGGUCUGGAGGAGCCGGGCCAGCUACGAUGGCCCUUAGUGGGCACCCUGGCGCUGGCGUGGGUUCUGGUAUACUUUUCAAUCUGGAAAGGAGUCGAGUGGACUGGAAAGGUGGUUUAUUUCUCCGCCACCUAUCCCUACUUCAUGCUCUUCAUCCUGUUCUUCCGGGGGGUCACACUUCCUGGAGCCAUUGAUGGGAUCCGUUUUUACAUCACCCCAGACUUUAACAAGCUUGUCCGAUCAGAGGUGUGGCUGGACGCAGCAACUCAGAUCUUUUUCUCUUAUGGAUUGGGUCUGGGAUCUCUCAUUGCACUAGGAAGCUACAACAGCUAUAACAACGAUGUCUACAAGGACUCUAUCAUAGUGUGCUGCAUUAACUCCUGCACCAGCAUGUUUGCCGGAUUUGUCAUCUUCUCCAUUGUCGGCUUCAUGUCUUACAUCACCAAGAAACCGGUGCAAGAGUUGGCAGCAUCAGGUCCUGGUUUGGCGUUUUUAGCCUAUCCUCAAGCAGUUACCCAGCUCCCCAUGUCCUCCCUGUGGGCCAUCCUCUUUUUCUCCAUGCUCAUGAUGCUUGGUCUUGACAGUCAGUUUUGCACAGUGGAAGGCUUCAUCACUGCUCUCAUGGAUGAAUAUCCCAUGGUUUUGAGGAAAAGGAAGAAGGUCUUUAUCCUCAUCGUUUGCUUAAUCUCCUUCAUCAUUGGCUUCUCCAACAUCACUCAGGGUGGCCUGUACGUGUUCAAGAUGUUUGACUACUACUCUGCCAGUGGGAUGUGUCUGCUCUUCCUCGUCUUCUUUGAAACUAUUUCCAUUUCCUGGCUUUAUGGAGCUGAGAGAUUUUACAAGGAUAUUGAGGACAUGAUUGGCUAUCGGCCAUGUGUUUGGUGGAAGCUUUGUUGGAAAUGCUUCACUCCUCUGAUCUGCCUGGGAGUGUUCACCUUCAGUGCCAUCGAGAUGACCCCCCUCACUCUGGGGAAGUACGUGUACCCGCUGUGGGGUCAAGUGAUUGGAUGGUUCAUGGCUUUGUCCUCAAUGAUACUCGUCCCAGGUUAUGUUAUCUACAUGUUCUGUACCAGCAAGGGCAGCAUCAAACAGCGUUGGCGGAGGAUGACGACUUCUCAGCAAAAUAGGAGGCCGGCAGGGCAUGAAGAAUUCACACACACCGGCGGCGUAGGCGAAGCUCCCGUCUAG